AUGAACUGGGAUAGAGUUAUGGAAAGUCAGCACGAGAAACUGAUGAACCACGAGAAGCUAUUAAAGGAUACUUUAGACCAGGUAAAUACCCAAAAUGUCAGCAUCAGCAAGGAUCUAGCGCAAGUUCUCCAAACUCAAUCUGAAGUGAAGCUUACUUAUGCGGACAAGACGCGAACCAACCCUCCAAGCAAACCUUCACCACCCUCAAAGAAAAUAUCGGAUCCAAUUACCCGAGAAGUUACCGGAAUGAAAACUCUACGUAGAGGAACCAUUGUUGUUGAAUGUAAAAAUAAAGAAGCUGCAGCCAAACUUAAGGAGGAAGCCGAAACGAAACUGGGAUCCGACUACAUUCUUUCCUUACCAAAACAGAAGAUGCCGAAGAUUAAAAUCGUAGGCCUCAAUGACAAGAUCGGAAGUACCCAAAUGAAGGAAAUGAUUCUCGCGCAGAAUCAAUUCCUCGACGAAGCCGCGUACAUAAACGUCGUACACAUAACGGAAGAUAAAAGAAAUCCUAACAGGUAUUUGGCUUACGCUGAGGUUGACGGUAAUAGUUACCGGAAAAUUCUAAGUGAACAAAAGCUUAACAUAGGAUGGGACCGUUGCAGAAUUUAUGAUGCUGUGACAACUAGAAGAUGCUACAAAUGCAAUGGGUUCGGACAUAAGGCAACUGACUGUAGCAAAACUACUACCUGCCCCAAAUGUGCGGGAGCCCAUGACCUAGCGAGCUGUAAAGCUUCGGACGCGGAAAUCAAAUGCAGUAACUGUGCCAACGCCGUUGAGAAACUAAAAAUGAAACUGGAUGUACAGCACCCGGCCUGGAGUGUUGAUUGCCCAGUCUACAAAAAACGACUCGAUCAAGAAAGAAGCAGAAUUGAUUUUUUAGGCCAUCCCCAACACUAA